GCCCCCCCCACCCCGCCACCAACCUCUUGGCUUUCCUUCCCCGGCCCCGCCGAGGCGAGGUGCGGGUCCCCCGCCGUAGCCGGGAGGCGGCCGAGGGGGGGCGGCUUUCUCCCCGCUGCCCCCGUCGGGGAGCGGAGCCGAGCCGCCGGGGCUCGCCACCAUCCCGGGAGGGGGGAAGGUAGGCAGCGAGGGGGGGAGGGGCCGGCUCCUUCCUCCUCCUCCUCCUCCCGCCGCCGCCGCCGUGGGAUCGGCCCCUGCGCCUCCUGCGCCCGAGGGGGGGGCAGCCCGCUACUGAGAGCGAGAGAAAGAGGAAGGGGAAAGGAGAGGAGAAGGGAGGGGAGGGGGGGGCAGAGAGGGGUGUUGGAACCCGCCCCCCACCUUCCCAUCCCGCGAUCGGUGCUGCCUCCAUCAGGACAACAACCCCUCCUCCUUCCCUGCACAACAAGAUGUGAAGCGGAGACUCCUGGGACUUAUCCUCACCCUCCUCAUCCUUACGGCUCCCCUUUCUGCAGCCAUUAGCGACUGGCGAGGAAGAAGCGAGUGGAGCUGGGGACCCCGCGCCCGCUCGGCCUCUCGCCCCGCCGCCUCCCCCCCGGCCCCGUCGCUGGCGGUGGGUAUUUUUUUGCAGGGUGGUGUCGGAGGGGGAAGGAGCCGCUGCUAGAGGACGGUGAGCUUUUUUUCUUUUUUCCUCCUCCUCUCCCCUCCUUCGCCCGCCUCCUUGUGGCGAUGAGGAGGAGGAGGACGGCGCCGAGGAGGAAGAGGCUGAUGGCGGCGGUGAGGAGGCAGCAGGAGGAGGAGACCCCCCGAAGGAUGAAGAUGAUGAUGGUGGCGGCGGCGAGGAAGCACCAGCAGCACAACAGCCGGGAUUAAUUUCACCGAGGGAAGAAGGAAAAAAAAAAUCAAACCACCAGCCUCUUUUUUUUUUUUUUUUUUUAAUUUUUAAUUUUCUUUUUUUGGCGGGGGCUCUUCCCAUCUCCGCUCAGCCCUCUCGCCUGGGGGAAGAGGCCUCUGCCCCCGCCGCUCCCACCUUCGCCCCGCUCCUCCGCUGCCGCCCUCCCGGAGCCCGAGGGGCAGAAAAGGGGAACUUGCUCCCCCCCCCCUCCGCCGGAUCCUCCUCGCUCCCUCUCGUCGGUAUUGUUGUUAUUCAGCUGACCCGGGGCCCGAGAAGAAGGUGAAGGUUUUGGGGCUCCCCCCCUCCCCGUCUCUCUGCUCGGAGUGAUUGUCUAAAAAAGAAUUAAAAAUGGCCGAGAAUGUGGUGGAGCCGGGCCCGCCUUCAGCCAAGCGGCCUAAACUCUCCUCACCGGCGCUCUCCGUGUCCGCCAGCGACGGCACAGAUUUUGGAUCACUCUUUGAUCUGGAACAUGACUUGCCAGAUGAACUGAUCAGCUCCACCGAACUGGGACUCAGCAAUGGCGGUGACAUUAAUCAGCUGCAGACCAGCCUUGGCCUGGCACAAGAUGCUGCCUCUAAACACAAGCAGCUGUCCGAACUCUUACGGGCUGGUAGCUCCCCAAACCUCAACAUGGGGGUUGGUGGCCCUGGCCAGGGCAUGGCUGGUCAAACGCAACAGAACAGCCCUGGGAUGGGGAUGUUGAACAGCAUGGUGAAAAGCCCCAUGGCGCAGGCUGGGCUGACUUCUCCCAGCAUGGCGAUGGCUACGAGCGGACCAAACCAGGGUCCUUCAGCCCAGUCUGCAGCAGGAAUGAUGCCAACAGUAAACAGUCCAGUUAACCAGCCUGGCAUGGGAAUGAACACAGGGAUGAAUGCUGGCAUGAAUCCUGGGAUGUUGGCAGCAGGCAACGGGCAGGGGAUGAUGCAGGGGCAAGUCAUGAACGGUUCAAUUGGAGCAGGCAGAGGGCGACCUAAUAUGCCCUACCCAAACCCAGGAAUGGCAAGUGCUGGCAACUUGUUGGCUGAGACUCUGCAGCAAGGCUCUCCGCAGAUGGGAGGGCAGACUGCACUGAGGGGGCCACAGCCCGGAGCCAUGAACAAGAUGGGAAUGAUGAGCAAUCCCAGUCCUUAUGGUCAGCCAUACAGUCAGAAUACUGGGCAGCAGAUCGGAGCCAGUAGCCUUGGACCUCAGAUGCAGAAUAAAGCCGGACUGCAAAAUAGCCUUCCACAGUUUCCAAUGGACAAGAAGCCAGUUCCUGGGGCAGGAAUGCCGAACAUGGGCCAGCAACAGGCUCCCCAAGUUCAGCAAGCUGGGAUGGGGCCAGCAGCUUCACAAGGAAUGGGGUCUGGAGCCCCGACAGCAGAUCCAGAAAAACGCAAGCUCAUCCAGCAGCAAUUAGUUCUCCUCUUACAUGCUCACAAGUGUCAGCGGCGAGAGCAGGCCAACGGUGAGGUGCGACAGUGCAACCUCCCUCACUGCCGAACCAUGAAGAAUGUCCUGAACCACAUGACACAUUGUCAGGCUGGCAAAUCCUGCCAGGUGGCACACUGCGCGUCUUCCCGACAAAUCAUCUCGCACUGGAAGAACUGUACGAGACAUGACUGUCCUGUAUGUUUGCCUCUGAAAAAUGCUGGGGACAAAAGAAACCAACAAUCGCUGCUGGGUGGAGCUGCCGUAGGACUUGCAAAUACUGGCUCGGUUGGUGUGGGGCAGCAGACAACGCCCAGCAUAAGCACUACCAGUCAGAUAGACCCCAGCUCCAUCGAGAGAGCCUAUGCAGCCCUCGGACUGACCUAUCAAGGGAACCAGAUGCAGACACAGUCUCAGGCUCAAGUGAAGAAUCAGCAGCAAGGACAGUCGCCCCAGGGCCUGCGCCCUAUGAAUCCCAUAAGUGCAAAUCCAAUGGGAGUGAAUGGAGGAGUAGGGGUUCAAACCCCCAGCCUGCUGCCUGACUCGAUGUUGCAUUCAACCAUGAAUUCCCAAAACUCCAUGAUGAGUGAAAGCGCCAACGUUGCCAGUUUGGGGGCUAUGCCAACAGCUCAACCAUCCAAUACUGGAAUCCGAAAGCAGUGGCAUGAAGACAUUACUCAGGAUCUCCGAAAUCAUCUUGUUCAUAAACUAGUCCAAGCCAUAUUUCCUACUCCUGACCCUGCAGCACUGAAGGAUCGACGGAUGGAGAAUCUGGUGGCAUACGCUCGGAAGGUGGAAGGCGACAUGUAUGAAUCAGCAAAUAGCAGGGCAGAGUACUAUCACCUGCUAGCUGAGAAGAUCUAUAAGAUUCAGAAGGAGUUGGAGGAAAAGCGAAGAACCAGGCUGCAGAAACAAAAUAUGAUACCAAAUGCACCAGGCAUGCCACAGGCUCCCAUGAAUCAAGGGCCCAACAUGGGACAGCCUCAGCCAGGAAUGUCUGCAAAUGGUCCUCUUCCUGACCCAACGCUGAUACGUGCCAAUGUGCCAAACCAGAUGAUGAACCGCAUGCAGGCACAGCCAGGAAUGAAUCAGUUUGGCCAGAUGAACAUGCAGCUGUCACCGAUGGGACCCCGACAAACCCCUCCUCUUCAGCACCCUGGACAGCUAAGCCAGGCUGGGGCCAUGAACCAGAUGGGAUUUCCUUCACGUAUGCAACAGCCAGGAGUUGGCCAACCUUCUGGUCAGAAUCAGUUUCUGCAACAGAACCCGUUCCCUGCUUCUUCUCCAGGAAUGAAUGCAGCAAGCAUGCCUAUGGCUCAGCCUGGCAACCAGACACCAGUUUCUCAAGCACAAAUGACCAGCUCUUCCUGUCCUGUGAAUUCUCCUGCAAUGGCUCCGGGUUCUCAAGGGAGCCAUAUUCACUGCCCACCUCUUCCACAGCCGCCCAUGCACAGAAAUUCUCCCUCUCCAGUACCUAGUCGAACCCCAACACCUCACCACACGCCCCCAGGCUUGGGAUCACAGCAACAGCAGGCGGCAGCAGCAGCCACCACUGCCCCCACCCCUACUCCUCAGGCGAUGCCACCUGGGCCGCAGUCGCAAACUAUGCACCCUGCUCAAAGGCAGACUCCAACACCUCCACAGGCACAGCUGCCUCCACAGGUCCAGCCUCCAGUUCCCGUUACCCCCUCUGCAGAGCAACAGCAGCAGCCCUUGUCACAGCAGAGCACGACUGCAUCUGUUCCCACACCAACAGCACCGCUGCAGCCACAGCACCCCACAACACCUCUUUCACAACCAGCUGUAAGCAUUGAUGGGCAGGUAUCCAACCCCCCAUCCACCAGCAGCACAGAAGUGAACUCUCAGCAGACUGCUCCAGAGCAGCAGCAGCCACCUUUGCAGGAAGUGAAAAUGGAUAUUAAAACAGAUGAGGGGGAACCAGAACAAACAGAGCUGCAAAUGGAGGAGAAAUCUGAAGUUAAAGUAGAACCAGUUGUGGAAGAAUGUAAACCAGACCCAAUGGAACAAGAAGAGAAGAAAACAGAAGUGAAGACUGAAAUACCAGAGGGGGAAGAAAGACCUACUACUCCAGCUACUCAGUCUUCUCCAGCAGCAGGACAGUCUAAGAAAAAAAUUUUCAAGCCAGAAGAGUUGCGGCAGGCACUUAUGCCAACACUGGAGGCACUUUACCGUCAGGAUCCAGAGUCUCUUCCAUUUCGACAGCCUGUGGAUCCCCAGCUACUAGGAAUUCCUGAUUACUUUGACAUAGUGAAGAACCCCAUGGACCUCUCUACUAUAAAGAGGAAGCUAGAUACAGGACAGUAUCAGGAACCAUGGCAAUAUGUAGAUGACAUCUGGCUCAUGUUCAAUAACGCCUGGCUCUAUAACCGCAAAACUUCCAGGGUAUAUAAAUACUGUUCAAAACUGGCAGAGGUGUUUGAGCAAGAAAUUGACCCAGUUAUGCAGAGCCUUGGUUACUGCUGUGGAAGAAAGUUGGAGUUCUCGCCACAGACUCUAUGUUGCUAUGGCAAACAGCUAUGCACAAUCCCUCGAGAUGCCACUUACUACAGUUACCAGAACAGGUAAGGAAAACUCACUUGCAGCAGUUUUGUGCAUGCUGCAAUCAAUCUGUCAAAGGCAUGCAUGU